AAUAUCCCGGCACUCGAAGGCAAUCGAUGUGCCCGCAGCUGGCAGAGAUGGGCGAACGCGAGCCGGAGUCGGACGAGGACUGCGAGGUCUAUUUCCUAAAGCCGGUCAACGAGUACAACAUUGUGGACAGGAUCAAGGAGGCCAACAAGGAGCUCUUCGCGCUGGAUGAGGAGGCCUCCAAUGGGAAUGGCAAGGUGACCAAGGUGAAGUUUGCUUUGAAUCUGGAGGAUUACGAACCCACGGAGCAGAAGGAUCAGAGUCCCAGUCCGCCGGAUGAACUGCUGCAGCAGUUGACGCAGCUUAAACUAAAACCCAUUGCAGAGGAGGAGCCAUCAGUUCCAGAGGUGUCCAAGGAGGAACCUCCUCCGGCUGAAGAACCAGAAGUAGAGGAGGUGGAGGAGGAGAUAUGCGAGGAAAUCGUGGAAUUGAGUGAGGUUCCUCCUCAACAGCCUGUUGUCCAGGAAGCCAUUCCCAUAGAAGAUGAUGAAGACGACUUUUCCGGCGUGGAUGAGGCAGAUCUUGAUGAUGAUUCGCCGGCAAAAGACUCCUCCAUUCCCGCUUCUUUAAGGCAGAACACCUUUGACCAGGAUGACUCCGACCAGAAGAGCCUCACCAAUCUGCUAACCGAAUCCGAUUGCGAGGAGGAGGAACGCACCUUGAACGAGGCUCGUCAGAAGCUAAGGGAUGCCUACAAGAAUCUCUAUAAAACGCUGGAUCCCAAGCAGCAGGCCACCAUCGACAGGUUGACGGGAGCUGAGAGUGAAGUUCCCUUGCCGGAGCCGCCUGUAGUUGCUCCACUAAAAGCUGUCACCGCCGCCGAUGAGGAGGAUGACCUGUCCAUCAUCGUGGCCAGCUAUAUUCCCGAUGAUUUCGAGCUCAACGAGCAGAGCAUUUACUACAAGAAGGAGGAGGAUGACGUCAAGGAAGCCUGCUCCGCGUGUCCCAAGUCCACGGCCAAGACCUUCUUCACCUCGCGCAGCUUCAGCUUUCGGCGACGGGCCAAACCCACGCCCACUCCUUCCUCCGCCGCCUCCACGACUUCACCUCCCGCCAUUCGGAUGAACUACAAGAUCUGCUGCGAGCAUCGCCAUUCGCUGCAGGGCAAGCUGCCCAGGUACACGGGCUACAUGUCCGAAUAUGGACUGACUGCCCAGCAAUUGCAGCGCAGGGAUCAGCAGCUGAGAAGGAAGCAGCGCUUCUCCAUGGAGCAGACCAUCAAUAGAAACGAACAGGAGCUGAAGAAGAUGCAGGACAACGAGAGGGCCUUCACCACCUGGCUGAAGAACAAGAUGCGCUAUCCGAUCAACAAGACGCGCAAUAUGUUCGAUGCUCAUAAGAGAAGGGGCAGUGUGGCCGCCGCCGGAAGUCCCCGUCAGCAAGCGAAUCCUCAUAAUCCUCACCAGGAGCACCAUGGACGACGAAGGCGACGACGCGACAGCGGCGAGGAGGAGGUGCACGCCUAUCGACACCUCCUCGGCAGCUGGAACAAGUAGUAGUAAUGUA